AUGUUUUACAAUUUUUGCUCUUCAGCCUCUUUACAUAAUAUCACACCAGGAAGGAUGAGCAAUCCCGAGCCUCAGAAGAACCCCGCUCCCAGUGUGGUUGUCGCAAAAAUGAUGCCCCCACCUCCUGGCCCCAAAAACAUCGUCUUCAAGAAGACGACCCGUGAUAACGCGAUUGCAGUCUACUUGGGCAAGAGAGACUUUGUGGAUCACGUCAGCCAUACAGACCCAGUAGACGGUGUGCUUGUAUUGGACACAGGCUACAUAAAGGAUAGAAAAGUUUUUUGCAGACUGCUCUCAUCAUUCCGUUACGGACGGGAGGACAUUGAUGUUUGUGGGUUGACGUUCAGAAGGGAUCUGUAUAUGGCCACAAUCCAAGUAUAUCCACCCCCUUCAGGCCAAAAGCCUAAACCACUGACCAAGUUGCAAGAACGUUUAGCAAUAAAAUUUGGAGACAAUGCUUAUCCUUUCUGCUUUCAGUUCCCAGACUAUCUACCCUGCUCUAUAACCUUGCAACUGGGUCCCAAGGAAGUCGACAAGUGUUGCGGCGUGGACUUCCAGAUCAGUGCGUUCUGUGCAAAAUCUUCCCGCUUUGACGCAAAAAUCCCCAAAAGGAGUUCCGUGUCCAUGGUUAUCCGUAAGGUGCAGUUUGCUCCUGAUAAACCGAUUUUCCAGCCAGUGGCGAAAACAUGCAGACUGUUCCUCAUGUCAGACAAAUGUCUUCAGCUGGAAGCAUCACUCAACAAAGAGAUUUAUUACCAUGGUGAACCAGUUGAAGUGAGUGUUGAGGUGAUCAACCAUUCCAACAAGACAGUGAAGAAGGUCAAAGUAACAGCUGAUCAGAUUUCGACCAUGUUCCUGUAUUCACAUGACACAUACAGCCACAGAGUGGCCGAGCAGGAGGUGAUUGAACAAAUCAAUCCAGGUUCUACUCUGAAGAAGGUCUACUCACUCUAUCCCAUAGUUGCCAACAACCGUGAGAAGCAUGGCUUGGCGUUGGAUGGAAAAAUCAGAGAUAAGGACACAAAUUUAGCUUCUACUACCAUCAUAAAGGAAGGAAUACAUCGGGUUUGGGGAAUUCUUGUCUCCUAUAAAGUUCAAGUGCAGUUGUUUGUUUCUGGUGAUGCCGCUGUGGAGUUGCCUUUCUUGCUCAUGAAUCCCCCAAUAGAGGUCGCAGCUGGUGAGCACCAAAUAUAUCCUGAAUUAACAUAAAGACCAGCUGACUGAAUGACACAGGGGUCCUGAUAGAUUUAUGUUUUAUCUAAUAAGUGAGAAUAAAAAGUGGUUAGGAUCGAGAGCAAAGUGAUACAAUACAGUACUUCAUAAUAAGUUCAUGUGAUAGGAGCAGAAUUACAUCAUUUGGCCCAUCAAGUCUACUCUACCAUUCAAUCAUGGCUGAUCUAUCUCUCCUUUCUAAUCCAAUUCUCCUGCCUUCUCCUCAUAACCCCUGGCACCAUACUAAUUUAAAAUCUUUCUACCUCUGCCUUAAAAAUAUCCAUUGACUUGGUUUCCAUGGCCUUCUGUGGCAAAGAAUUCCACAGAGUCACCACCCUCUGACUAAAGAAAUUCCUCCUCAUCUUCUUCCUAAAGGAAUGUCUUUCAAUUCGGCUAUGACUUCUGGUCCUAGACUCUCCCACUAGUGGAAACAUGCUCAGUAAAGAAUGGAUAGGAGUUCAGACCACAUUACGAGUGAAUCAUUUAAAUGUGCAAAGAAGAUGGAGUUUGGGCCAUUGAAAAUCGCUGCAAUUGAACUUCUGCAAAAUAAUUUAGUCUAUGGAAUUGAAUUGGAGAGAGGUAAACUAUUACAAAUCAGCAUUGUGAAAUUAAAUUUCCGGCCAAUUAAAAUUUAUUUUAAUUCUGGUCUUGUCCUAGGUUAUGAUGUAAGAAUACAAGGAAUGGAAGUAGGAGAAGGACUACUGGCUGCUUGCACCAGUUCCACCAUUCACUGUGAGCAUCACAGCUGAUUCCUCAGCACCACUUUCCUGUAUUCACCCCAUAUCCUAUGAUCACAUGAAUAUUCAAAGUCUAUCAAUUCCUGCCCUGAACAUAUCCAGCAGCUGAGCUUCCCUAUGCGAGUAGUGAUUUCCAAAGAUUCCCCACUGGGAGACACCAUUCCUGUAUUUACCCUGUCAAGAUCCCUUAUGACUGUCAAGAGUCAAGAGUGUUUUAUUGUCAUAUGUCCUGGACGGGGCAAUGAAAUUCUUACUUGCUGCAGCACAACAGAAUAUGUGAAUAUGCAAACAUUGUACAUAAUGGAGGGAAAAAAAAGAAAAAGUUCAAUAAAUAUC